UGUCUCUCGCUCCGCCCCGCUCUAUAAAUUGUCGAAUGCAAGCAGUUCACAAUCAGUUUCCUCCUUCACUGAGAAAGGAUCCGAGAUGGAGCACAAAGCAGACUCAGUGCCGCUGAAUACCCGUACCUACCCAUACCAGGGGCUGAAGGAGGACGACCAGGCGGUCCAGUCCACCGUCAUUACGGUGGCCCCGUAUGUGCUGCCGGUCCGGGACCACCUGCUCUGGUCCAUCUUCAACUUCCUCUACAUGAAUUUCUGCUGCCUCGGAUUCGUGGCGCUGGUCUUCUCGGUCAAAUCUAGAGAUCGGAAAUCCCUGGGAGAUGCAGAAGGAGCUCAACAUUAUGGCUCUACAGCCCGAUCACUCAACAUUGCAGCCACAGUGCUGACCAUCCUUGCCAUCGUAAUCUGCAUUGUGAUGGUAAUUGUUAGCCUGUCCAUGGUGAAUCACAUCAUACAACAAGAGCAAGAACAGUUUAAUUUCUUUGGAGGUGGAAAUUGAAUGAAGCAAUGGUGGCACUGGCUCAUUGUCCAGGAGCUGAUGCACUCUAUUAUUGCUUUUUUCUAUCUAUAAUAUCUAUGUAAUACUGUCAUGUUUAAAGUGAUCACCUCGCAGCAACACAGAUUUCUUUUCAUUUAAACUUGGUCAAGGUGUGUGUGAUAAGUUAAUAAACCAAUUAAUAACUCAGGACUCUUGGCGUUUGUAGGUGAAAACAGGAAGCUUGCUGUUAAACAUUUCCUCUUGGACAGUAAAAUAAAGACGUUUUACUUGCAA